AGAGGCUGGGCCUCUGGACUGGACACACCCUUGGUCACAUUGGGAGGGUAGCUUGGUCCUUGUAUCCCAUCGCUGCAAGUCCAGAAUUGUGCUGGGCUCUCGGCCGUGAAGAGCAGCGCUCCCAGAGACCCAGGAGUCUGUGUAGGUCUUACAUUUGGACGCAGAGCGAAGCAAGGAUGCGUGAAAUCGUACACAUUCAGAUUGGCCAGUGUGGUAACCAGAUUGGAGCGAAGUUCUGGGAGGUGAUUGGCGAGGAGCAUGGGAUCGACUCUGUCGGGAGCUACUGCGGGGACUGUGCCUUACAGCUGGAGAGAAUCGGCGUGUACUACAACGAGGCGCACGGUAAGAAAUAUGUGCCCCGGGCUGUCCUAGUGGACCUGGAACCUGGCCCGAUGGACAGCAUCCGCUCUGGCAGACUAGGGGCCCUCUUCCAGCCGGACAGUUUUGUGCAUGGGAACUCAGGGGCCGGCAACAACUGGGCCAAGGGCCACUACACGGAGGGAGCGGAGCUGGUGGACACGGUGCUGGACGUGGUGCGGCGCGAAAGCGAGCGCUGCGACUGCCUGCAGGGCUUCCAGGUGGUGCACUCGCUGGGCGGCGGCACGGGCUCGGGCCUGGGCACGCUGCUCAUGCACCGCGUGCGCGACGACUUCCCGGACCGCCUGGUGCACAGCUUCAGCGUGGCGCCGUCGCCGCGCGUGUCGGACGCGGUGGUGGAGCCCUACAACGCCGUGCUGGCGGUGCACCAGCUGCUGCAGGCCGCCGACGCCUGCUUCUGCAUCGACAACGAGGCGCUCUACGCCCUGUGCCUGCGCUCGCUCCGGCUGCGCGCGCCCGCGUACCCCGACCUCAACCACCUGGUGUCGCUGACCAUGAGCGGCGUGACCACGUCGCUGCGCUUCCCGGGCCAGCUCAACGCCGACCUGCGCAAGCUGCUCGUGAACAUGGUGCCGUUCCCGCGCCUGCACUUCUUCCUGCCCGGCUUCGCCCCGCUGGUGGGCCGCGGCGCCGAGCGCUACCGCGCGCUGACCGUGGCCGAGCUCACGCGGCAGGUGUUCGACCCGCGCAACGCCAUGGCUGCCUGCGACCUGCGCCGCGGCCGCUACCUCACGGUGGCCUGCGUCUUCCGAGGCAGGAUGUCCACCAAGGAGGUGGACGAGCAGAUGCUGGCCGUGCAGACCAGGGACCACAGCUGCUUCGUGGACUGGAUCCCCCACAACGUCAAGGUGGCCGUCUGCGACAUCCCGCCACGGGGGCUGGACAUGGCCGCCACCUUCGUCGGCAACAGCACGGCCAUCCAGGAGCUCUUCAGCAGGGUGGCGGAGCACUUCUCGGCCAUGUUCCGACGGAAGGCCUUCGUGCACUGGUACACCAGCGAGGGGAUGGACAUCGGCGAGUUUGAGGAGGCCGAGAGGGACAUCCACGAUUUGAUAUCCGAGUACCAACAAUUUCAAGAUGCCAAAGCAGUCUUUGGGGAAAAUGAGGAAUUCGUGGAGGCAGAAAUAGAACCAGGUGAGGCACAUUAACGCUGGGAGCUGUGUGGGCGCCACCUGCGGGUCCCUCACUUCCAGGAGUGCCCCUGUUCCGCACUGCAACACGGUGACCGAUCCCACGCAGCUGCUCAGCACUAGCUUUGACCCAGGACUGCGGGGAGAGGGCGCCAGGCAAAUGACUGAAAGGCAUUAGGGCGUGCUGACAUUUACUAACAUUGAAGGGUUUGAUGGGCACUCUAUUGACUUCUUUUAAAUAGCAAAGUCAAUCUAUCAUGAAGUACUCCCUUUGUUUAAAAUGUUACCUGGGAAUCUGGGUAUGCAUUAACACUGCGCCAGGCGUCAGGACUACACGCGAGGACGUGUGGGGAGCCACUGCUGAGACAUUAGCUUAUAAACUCCUUAGCAGCACUGGUAAGAACUCUGGACUCCUUGCCUGGCAUCCUUGCUAAGAUUCUCAGCUCAGUUUCUCUCUCAACACAUGGUGCCCAGCAUCCUACCUUCUCUGCCUGCCAGCCUCCAGAAAAGCCAGGUGACUAAGUGGCAUGUGGGAAGCUAAAGGUAAAUGUGAGUCAACGCCUACCAGCAAGUUGUAUAGACCACGUGUGCACUUCAGCAUACUACCUGUAAAGGGAGGAGGGAGGAGAGAAGAGGGGCAGGCAGUCCUUUCUAAAAAAUACCCCACCCAACCAUAAACAAAAAAACGACUAGCAAAACUCAGGAACUGCAAUCCUCUGAUCUCUGUAUCUGAGUAGCUACCUUUAAACAUGUAUAUUCAUAUACUACAAGUUUCUUAUUAGUGUUAGAUUCUGGGAAUUGAUUAGUUCAGUUUGUCUUUUUAAGGCAAUAAUCGCCUUCUGAAAACACCUGGUAGCCUCUGUGCUCGUUCGAAAGGGGCGUGCAUGCUGCACACUCGGCAACGGUUCACACAUGGGAACUGGGCAGCCAAUGCUGCAGGAUCCUUCUUGGUUACAGAGGACAUCAUCUCAUUAGGGAACUUUUACAGUUCAAAUUAAUUUGCAGAAGUUGCCAUAAAUGUUUGCAUGAUGACACAGCUUUAACUAUUACCUGAUUUUAAUCUGCUCACAUUACAACAGGACCAAAUACACAAGAGCAUCAUCAAAUCAUCCAUAACUUACAGUUUACCUAUUUCUGACAUACAGCACUGCCACCCCUUCCAGUAGCAUAAAGGUUUUAAUGGCCUUCUAGAAUUACCACCGAGCUAUUUGAUCCCUGGAUAGCUGGUAAUGGGAAGCUGCUCUGGCCCUCAUUGCAGGAAAUGUCACUUGCCAGCAACUGGGCUCUCAUCUCCCAAUUAGUUUUUAUAAUCUGCAGUAAGGCAGCAGGUGGACAGAUGACAGUGCACCGCUACUUGGAGGAACUUUAUUCUUGUCACGUAUGCAUCAUGAGAAAUAACUAAAAUGAGUACCAAGAGAAAAUUAACUCCAGCUGUUGGGAUCUUGGCAAGCCUUUUAUUUACAAAAUUAAAAAAAAGGUUUUAGAUGCUAUGUGUGGUUCUAGAUGCAGUAAAAACAAAAGCAGAUUUUGUAAGAAACUGUACCUACGUACUCUUAAGUUUGAAGUUUAUAACCUCCUUAGAUCCCAAAGACUUACAUCCUGUGAUUAUAUAAGGAUUUACACACAAGCUUCCAAUAGCACUUUCCUUGUCAAGUCUAAAAAGGUAGUUAAACAGAUGCAAGGAAGGAUAGAUACCUAAAUUUAAAAAACCCCUCUGAUUUAUAUUACUGUAAAGAUUUUUGUUUGCUCAAUAAUCAUUAAAGUACAAAGAAAUUCAAUUUUCAAUGACUAAAUUACUUUAUUUCAGACAAAACAAAUUCCUUUUCUUGGAACCUAACUGCCCAGACUGAUUAAUUUUGAGUAAAAAUAUAAAAAAAUGCAUCUCAUCAUCCUACUCUUUUGUAUGGUAGAAACAGAUUAAAAAAACCUGAAACACUAGAAACCAAAAAUCUGUCCUCUGAUUUUGAAGCUCCUAUUCCUUUAGCAGUUUGGUUGCUACGGCGAUAUUGGUCUCUCAGACCAAGGCAGCAGAAUCAUACUUUAGAGCUUAUCCGAUUCCACUUCACACACAAGAACACUGCAUGAGCAAAGAGAUUAAUGACUUCCUCCAAAAACACUUUAGAAGUGAGUAAAAUACCCACAACUAGUUCUGAUCAGGGUCCCUGCUCAUCUGGACACAGCAGUCGUGCCAGCUGCCCAGCAUGGCUGGGAGCAGCUUACUUCAUUAGUUUUUAUUUUGUUUAAUCACAGAGAGCCUCAAGACUCUUUGCUGGGCAGAGCACGUCUUCAGUUACUUUAAUUAUCUCUGCAUCAUAGGCCCUGUCCGCAUCUCACCUCUAAUCCACUGCCCUAUUCAUGACUUCAUUCCAGCUACUUGCCUGGAAAUAACUUAGCUCUUUGCCUAUCAGUUACUUUAUUCAUCUGGAAUCAAAAAGGCCCGACAGCCCUGUGAUUCAUUUAUUCCUAUUCCUGUAAUUAAAGAUUCUUCUCAGUCCCUUAAUCUUGGGGACUGAGGCACUGACAGGUGCCUUGACUUCAGAGCAGGGCAACAGCCCUGGAGUGAAGGGCUCAAGGGGCUUGUGUGCACCUGCUGUCCAGGGCCCAGCUCUCCCACUCCCUGGGGUGCUCCGCCUUGCAUGCCCCGUGCGUGCUGGAAUGACAUAAAACCUACAUAGCCUAAGUGCCCAGAGGCAGGCAGCCGUCCCCAGGAGCCAGGAACAAAGACAUUUGCUUGGGCUCCUCCUCAGCACAGCUGAUGGCCCUUAUACAUUAUUGUUUGCUUAAGUUUCCAUAAGAACUUGUCCCUGUGCAAAAUCUGAACAGCACUUCAAAAUUUCCUCUUCAAAUUUGUUUCUCCAUUUCUCAAAACAGUUAAAAUCAAGCAGUUAACUUUGCAAUGGUGUUUUUCUCGGCCAACUACUUCCAAGCGUCAAAGAUAAAAACAAAACAUUUGCAGCAAUUCUUCAUCCCUAAAUAUCUAAUGAAUAAAUGAAUCACCAUGUAAACAUUGAACUGUCGCAAUCAUCAUGCCCAAGAUUUGCAGUCAGGAAUCUUACUUUCACUUGGCUAUCAACCUGACAAGCAAGUUACCAAACAGCUUUGCCUCAUGUCCUGUGAGAAAUGCUCCCAGAAUAUAUUCAUUUAUAAAACAAUGUCAGAAGCAUUUUGUUCUUAAAUUCCAACAUUAACAGUUCUUCUUUACAGUUUAUAUGCAGACCUGUGCUUUUAGUAAUUAUUUUCACUUAGGCUAUUGGCGAAGCUGCACUGCCUCGGGAUUCUGCUCCCUGCACAACAGGACAGGCUGGUGGGUAAGAGCUCCCUCCACUCUCUGACCCACCCAUACAACUCAGAUAGAGGAGCAGGACAGCACCUCAGUGACUGUCUUAUUUUGUCAAUUAAUGUCCUGAGAAAAGAACUUUCUAUUUUGAGGCAUUUUCAAAAGAUUUUCUGUAUCCUUUUGGUCACUAGAUAUUAAAUCUGCUCUGCCCCUUAAAAAGCCCUGGUUCAUAAGUUGCAAUUCUACAGAUGUGCCUACCUACCAUUCCUAUAAAGAAAAAGUCUGACAGAAAUCAAAACCAACAGCAAGAGUGAACCGUACUUAAUUUAUUGGCAUUGUCAAUCUAUGAACAAAACACGUUUUUUUUUUUUCAUGAAGUGAGAUCGUUUUCAAUCUGCCAUAACAUGUGCUCACACAUCUUCA